GAGCGGGCGGCUGGCCCCGCCGGCCCCGCCGCCAUGAAGAUCUGGACCUCGGAGCACGUUUUCGAUCACCCCUGGGAAACGGUAACAACAGCUGCCAUGCAGAAAUACCCAAACCCCAUGAACCCCAGCGUGGUUGGAGUGGACGUUCUGGACAGACACGUAGACCCAAGCGGGAAGCUGCACAGCCACCGGCUGCUCAGUACGGAGUGGGGGAUACCCUCGAUUGUGAAAUCGCUCAUYGGCACAUGCAGAACCAGGACGUAUGUUCAGGAGCACUCUGUCGUUGACCCAGUAAAAAAAACAAUGGAGCUUAAAUCUAGUAAUAUUUCAUUUACAAACCUUGUAUCAGUGGAUGAGAGGCUUGUCUACAAACCACACCCGCAUGAACCACAUAAAACUGUUUUGACACAAGAAGCAAUAAUAUCUGUGAAAGGUGUCAGUCUUAGUAGUUACCUAGAAGGGUUAAUGGCAAACACAAUCUCUUCCAAUGCUAAUAAAGGCCGUGAAGCAUUGGAAUGGGUAAUUAAUAAACUGAACGCUGAAAUUGAGGAGCUCGCUGCUUCAGCAAGAGGAACCAUGAGGAAUUCAAUGGCGGCAGCAGCAUUUGUAGAGAAAUGAUAGUAAAUAUACCUUUAUUACUAAGCAGGUUUAACAGUCUAGUGCUUCUCUCCAAACUUAAAUAUWCUUAUUUUUUUCUCUAAAGACAUACCUGUGAAUUAGGUAUGUUUCAAAUUACUUUUGGAGRAAAGCUAAAAUCUUACUAAUGAGGCUGAUGUGCAAAGCUUAAAUAAUAUAUUUGUUCUGCUGGACUGGACUUUGGUUACAGAUGAAGAAAUAAUUUUCAAGUGUAGUUCCUGUAUUUACAUGAAUACUAACUUAUAAAUGUUUUCAAAGAUGGAGGACUCUUACAGAGCUGAGGCUGCAUAUGUUGGAGGAGACUGGCAUGUUAGGUUGACUUCAGUGGAAUUUUUAUUUUUGUGUCAUUCAAGGACUACCUCUUUUGGGACCAAGCCCCAAAUGGUUUGUUCUAGCAUUGGUCUGUUUGUUAAUUUUUGACAGUUGUGUGAUAAAGCUUGGUUGAGCAUAAAGUUUAUUACUUGAAGAUUGAAAUACAAAAGAAUGUACAAAUUUUUUUUGAUAAACUUUUUAAGCUCRUUUGAUUGGUUGAUCUAACUUAGUACUCAAACUGUUUUACAGUCAGUAUAGGUAAAACAUGCAAAAUGUCUCAAACCUUCUAAGCCCUCAUUUCUGCUCUUAAAGCAGUAACCGAAGAUAGAAUUUGAACUUGUAGGAUAUAUAACUCCCUUUUCUGAAAUCCCAUUAAAUCAAGGGAUACACUAAGCCUAAACAUUCAUACCUUGCAAACUGCUAGGACUUCUCAGAAAAGCGGGCAUUCGCUUUAAAGUAUAGAAGAAACACUUAAAGGACAAAAAAUCUCAGUAACUAAAAAGAUACUUAAAUAUAAGAGGAAGCAGUAUAACCGAUGUUUAAGUAACUAUUAACAUGAUCAUGCUCUGAAAACAACCUGUUACAUCAACUGAAUACUGUGUUGUCCUUUAAAUUAAACAUAGUAUCUUGACUAGCAUUCUAAUCCAAGUUUUUGGAAGUUUAUCUU